GCGGAGGCCUCGGGACCGGUUCGACAGAGUUAGGGCUGAACAGGCCGGCCGGAAUUGCUCGAACCCAGCCGAGUCCUGGUCCGGCUGUCGACCGGUUUCUGGUGGCUGCCCUGCGUCUCGGCCUUUCCUCCCUCUAGACGGCCCAUCGGAUCGAGCUGCCUGAGAGGGUGGAGGACACAGGGUCAGGAUUAAGGUCAGAGGCCUUCUUGGGCUGGGAUUGGCCCAAAAGGGGUAGGAGCCCAGGCAGGAUGUGGCUUCAAAGAGUUAAACGCAGAAAGGGGCAACACCGUGUCACCGGACUCUGCCUCUGUCUCCCCAUUUAUGCGUGAGGGCCUUGAAAGCAGACAGCGGUGCUCCUCAUUGCCUUAGAAUAAGGAUCAAUGCAGUCCAUGGGGUCCAUAGUGUCGCAGAGUCUGACAUGACUUAGCGACUGAACAACGACAAAAAGGAUCGAUAAAUGCGUGUGAGAUGAAUAAAUGAGUAGACAAGGUCCAGUUGAAACUGUGUUUACAUAGGUCCCUGAAAACCCCGUGACCAUUAAUAAAUUUUUUUAUCAACUCUUAAAUACUGGAUUUAACAAGCUGACACUGUGUGCUUACACGCUAUGUGCCAGCACUUGAAACCUUUAUUUGUAUCUGUUCAUAGCAAUUCCACAAGGUAGGUACAAAUAUCACCUGCCCCUGCUGCCCAGCUUUGUACAACUGAAGAAACUGAACUGGACUGAGAAGAGCUCAAGUCAGUUGGCUAAGGACACAAGCGUUGCUAGCUGCAGAGGCAAACGUGAGCCCUGGAACCGGUCCUGCGCCUUACAGGGCGUUACCUUUGCCUUUCACUGGUGGGAAAUGAUGUAUCUUGAGUUCAGCCUUCUGCCCCUCUCGGUGCUGUUACCUGCUUGUGUAAGGGUCAGUUUCUCUGAGUCUCCACUGUCAAACGGAGACAGUUCUAGUUCCCAGGAUUACAUGGGAUAAUGUGUCUGACAUUGGGAAUUUGGAGUGGGGAGGACUCAGUUUCCUAGUCCGAUGCCUAAAGGAGAGGCUAUUUAACUACCUGGUGCCCACUUUGUGGGACAGUGAAUAUGCUUGAGUCAAAAGGGAGGGACAGGGAAAGGGCCCCACUUAACACAGCUCCGAAUCGUUCUAAGUCUGGUAAGGACGCCCGCUCAGCGAACGCCGAUGGAAUGCACGUCUUGUGCCUCUGGUGGCUUUUCCCCCUUUUAACCCGCAAGGCAGCUGCAGUGUCUCGCAAGGGCUCGUCUGGAACAAUCUCUCCGGGUUCUUGCCCUAACCCUCCGUCUAGCCGGCCGCUCCAGCCAGGUCGCAGCCAGCCAAAGACGCUGCGGGGCAUGGACGAGGAGCGUCGCGGGACCUGGUUCGGCUUCGGCUUCUGCGGCUUCGGGCAGGCGCUGGGCUCGGGGCUCGGGCGCCAGGUACACAGCCCCGAGCCGGUGAGGACGCCGAGCGGCAGCGUCGACGUCUGCCGCGUGAGCGCGAGCUGGAGCUACACAGCCUUCGUGACCCGUGGAGGCCGGGUGCAGCUGUCAGGCGCGGCGGGCGGCGCGGCGGACGGAUACACGGACGCGUGGGCGUCGGAGGAGCUCCUGGUGCUGCUGCGCGCGGGGCCGGGAGCCGGGGCGGAGCUGCAGGCCUGGGCGCCCGGCUCGGCGCUGCGCGGGGAGCCCCUCUGGUCUCAGGCCGUGCAGGAGGCAGAACACGGAGCCAACCGUGAUGAGACCCAGGCGGGGCUGCUGCCGCUGCUGCCCUGCGCUCGCGCCUACGUGAGCCCGCGGCCGCCCUUCUACCGGCCUCUGGCCCCCACGCUGCGGGCGCGUCGGCUGGAGCUGGGCGCCGAGCACGCGUUGUUGCUGGACGCCGCGGGCCAGGUGUUCUCCUGGGGCGCGGGCAGGCAUGGACAGCUGGGCCACGGGACCCUGGAGCCAGAGCCAGAGCCCAGGCUGUUGGAGGCGCUGCAGGGCCUACGCAUGGCUGAAGUCGCCGCAGGUGGCUGGCAUUCUGUCUGCCUGAGUGAGACAGGAGAUAUUUAUAUCUGGGGCUGGAAUGAAUCAGGGCAGCUGGCCCUACCCACUAAGAGCCUGGCAGAAGAUGGAAAGACAACUGCAGGAGAAGGUGUAGAUCAGGUCUCAGUGAGUGUUCACCGUCAUUAUCAUCAUAACUCUUACUGCUUCUCUGAAGCCUCAGGACUGGAUGAAGAUGGUUCCGAAGUGAAGAGAGUCUCUGCGGGUGAGGAUGGAGCCCCUGCCCCCUUCAUAGCGGUCCAGCCGUUCCCAGCUUUACUGGAUCUCAGCCCGGGCUCAGAGGCAGUCAAGGUCAGCUGCGGAUCCCGGCACACGGCAGUGCUGACAAGAACGGGGGAGCUCUACACCUGGGGCUGGGGUAAAUACGGACAGCUCGGCCACAAGGACACAACUACUUUGGACCGGCCCUGCCGUGUGGAGUACUUUGUAGAUAAGCAACUCCAAGUAAGAACUGUGAGCUGUGGGCCCUGGAACACCUAUGUGUAUGCUGUGGAGAAAGAGAAGAGCUGACUUAUGGAUAAGGGCAUAAAAGAACAGUAGAGUGGAAAAUUAUACAGCCAACACCUGUGAAACUCCCCACAGGGCAAGGAAAACCACUGCCAGCACCCAACGGCCUCUCCUGGUCACAGCCCUCUUGCUCCACCUUAGAGCAGUCAGCAUCUUCAACUUUUUCCCCUCAUUAGAAACACCUGGAGGGAACUCCCUGCUGGUCCAGUGGAUAGGACUCUGCGUUUUCACUGCUGAGGGAGCAGAUUCAAUCCCUGGUCGGGGAACUAAGAUUCCACAGGCUGCAGGGUUUGUGUGCCCCACACUCCCAGAGAAAAAGAGAAACACCAGGAGAUUUGUAACUGGAUGCCUAGAGACGCAUCUUGAAGAGAAAGUGAAAGUCGCUCAGUCAUGUCGGACUCUUUGGACCCCAUGGACUAUACAGUCCAUGGAACUCUCUAGGCCGGAAUACUGGAGUGGGUAGCCUUUCCCUUCUCCAGGGGAUCGUCCCAACCCAGGGAUUGAACCCAGGUCUCCUGCAUUGCAGGCAGAUUCUUUACCAGCUGAGCCAGGGCCGGCAUCAUAGACAUGAUGAAAUCGUGAACUUGAGGGUGUAGAACAUAGACUUGGGUAGAUUUUUAAAGGGCUUCUCUAGUGGCUAAGACAGUAAAGAAUCUGCCUGCAAUGCAGGAGACCUGGGUUGAAUCCCUCCCUGGGUCAGGAAGAUUCCCUUGAGAAGGGAUGGCAACAUGCCCCAGUAUUCUUGCCAAGCUGCCCCAUCCCAGGUGAUUUUUGAGGUAGUGCUAAGACUUGGAACCGCUAGAGGUCAUCUUUUGUUAUUCAUUUGAACUGUUUUCACUUUGAAUCUUACCAUUCUGUGUAUGCCUCUUUAUACAGUAAAAUUUGUCUGCUUUUGAACUUUA